GUUUUAUUGUUCAAAGGUUGAAUUUCAGUGUGUGACUUUUACGAAUUGAUGCGUUGCAGUGUUUUGGAAUGUUAUGUGUACGAUCAACGUGUUUUAAGUGUGGGCCAUGCAGACCAAAAUGGAUGAAAAUGGUUGAUAAUUUGUAUUCUGGUAGCCCUCAGGAUACUAAUAACCAUAAUAAACUUAUACAUUAUUGCUUACACCAACCUGAUAAGCUGGAUCGAAUUGCCAAGUAUUUGCACCUGAGACUCUCACAGGAUCUCAAUAGGCGUUAUGAUCAAAAUAUAUCGAUAUCCGUCAAAGCUAUUGACAAACUAAUACAAGUUUGUCAUGGUCACAGACUAGUUUUGGCCAUUAGUUUCUUGAAAAUGAUUCAACUACUUCUGGAGACUAAUCGCACGGACCUACAAAUAAUGGCGUCUAAGUCGUUUGUAGAGUUUUCUAAGAUAGACGAUGAUUCUCCCAACUAUCACAAGGAAUGUAAUGAGAUUCUUGACCAUUUUGCUGCUAUGGCUCACGCAUCUUUUCCCAACCCACAAGAGCGUAAUGUUGUCAGAGUGGCAGGUAUACAAGGAAUCCAAGGCGUUGUUCGUAAAAUGGUCAGUGAUCAACUGAUACUAGAAGUUCACGAGUCGAAUAUGGACAAAAUCGUACUUCCACUCCUAUUCAAUAUGUGUGACAAGUCUGAACUAGAUUCCAAUUCAAAUGAAUCACAAUGUGAUCCUUCACAAGAAGCUGUAUAUGUGUUCGAAGAUAUUGUUAGACAAGCGUCUUAUACAAAUAUUAAACCUGUGGUGACAUCUAUUUUAACGCAUUUAGAUAAUCAUAAAUUGUGGGAUCCUUGUGAUUUUCCUUUACUCAUAUUUCAAUAUCUUUUGGAUUCACUCAAGACAACUCAGGUGGCGCAUAGUUUAGUCAAACAAUUAGUUGCUCAUCUCAGCUUACAUGAAUCCGACUUCACAUUGUCUGAACGUACAAGUUUAGUUCAGGUUAUUGGACUAGUUGUAAUUAAUUUAGCAAAGGGAGCAAUCGGACCAGAUGUAUUUCAUAAUUUUAAAUCAUUACUCCAAAUCUUAAAAGCAAGUAUUGAUAAAACUUCACAAAUAUCUGAUCCUGAACAACCUUCAUUUAAUGAUUCUAAUCGAAAAUUAUCUGGUGAACGUCAGUUUCAAGAGGCAAUUAUCAAUACUAUAGCCGAAUUUGCUAAAAAUCUUCCAGAUACACAAAAAAUAGAAAUAUUGAAAUUUAUAUUGAAUUUUGAGCCAAUGGUUAAUUAUCAUCCAGAGUAUGGUGAUCGUCCGAAACCAUUAAUUAUGGUCCUAUUACAAACUAUGCUAACUGUCGCCACACAAUAUAAAACAGUGGCUAUAUCGAACGCACUGAAUUCGGACUUUCUAAAUCUUUUAUUACGUGGUGUCGCUAUUGAUCCAGAUCCCGUCAUACGAAUAAUUGUACAAAAAAUACUACAUACUUUAAUUGAUCGACAUGGGAAUACGGAACAGUUGUUGACUGUUCGAAUUUAUGGUGAGAAUGGAUUAAGCAAUUAUUUUAUUUUGGAGAAGCCAGAAAGACAAGAUAUUUUAUUCAUGAAAAAGACUGGUGUGUUAUUCAUUGAAAAUAUCUAUCAUCAGUUAUUAGAUCCUAGUAACAAAGUAGACAAUUUAGAAUAUCUGUCAUGCACUGUUGGAUUGGUUGCAUUAGAAAUGGGUGCAGAACAGGUUAUUACAGAAUUGUUUCGUUUAAUCUUGGCACUUCAAACAAAAAUCAUUGAUGAAAAUACUUAUAUGCCGUUAACACAUCGCUGUGCUUUACAUGCAUUAUUAGCUAGUACAAUAACACUACUUGUUCAGUUGAUUAAUCUUCAAUCACUUAGUGAACAUAUUUAUACUGUUAUUCAACGUCGAAGAGACAUAGCACCGUGGUUACUGCCUUCCGUUGCAUUUAAUCGAACAAAUACUGUGGAUAGUUAUCCAACUGAGUUUGAAAUAAAUGAUGAUCUAUUGUUUUCAUCAGAUAAAAUAACUGAAUCACUAGUAAAUGCUGGUUAUGAUACUACAGUUUUGUCAAUUCCUUAUAAUCCGAUUUAUUUACGAUUAUAUGAUGGCAAAUCUUCUGAUCCACUUAUCGAUGGUACCAAUUAUCCACGUGUAAGCGGUAAUGAACAUUUUACUAGUCAAUCAGUGUGUUAUGGUACUGUUGGUGAUAAAAAUUCCAGUAUUGGGAACUCGGUUCCUGGUGCGCGUAUAAAUUCAACAUAUUUAGAUGGAACAAUGCUAUGUCGUGAAAGCAGUCUUGUAGAAAGCGGUGCAUGCUUUGCUCAAUCUGGAAGUAGUUUUUCGCUAACUGAUAGCCUUUAUUCAGUGGCAGAUUCAACUAAUAUGGUCGAUGAAUACUUAUCAUUCAAGAAUAUGCGCAAAAUAAUUAGUGAAGGAGAAGAAAUUCAAAAACCACCGAAAUUUGUCGAAGAAGAUCGAUUAUUAGGUGGAUGUUUUAAUUCAACUGAAUUCAAUGAAAUCUGUGCUCAACAACGUGAAAAAGCACAUUCAGUACGUGCACAUAUGGCUGAAGUAUUUGAUGAUAUAUCAUCUUAUGACUUCUAUAUACAUGAUAUGUCUCCACCUAUUGCGAAUGGUCCAAAAAAAAUACAAGGGCGUGAAAAUUUCAGUCCUUCAUCUGUCAGUGAUACAGCCAAUAACAAACUCAAUUCUGAGCAAUUCAAUGCCAAUAUUAAUUCACCUGUUGGCGGUGGUAAUCGCACUGGCGACGGUAGUAGUGGUAUAAAAUUAUCGAAGAAAUUAAAUAAAUCAAGUCAAGCUGUUUGGGAACGUGAAUUCGGAUCAUUAUUUUUUGUUUAAUUCAUCAAUCAUUCCCUUUUUUCUUUUCACAGAGGUUCUCACUUUUUUCGGUGUUGUUCUGUCUCCGUUAUGUCCUCAUUCUGUGUGCUUUCCUUUUUCAUUUAUCAUAUUUUGUUUACAAUGAAUACAAAAUCAAUCUCUUUUUACGUGUUUGCCACUUUUUAUAUAUUUCCUUGUACUUUGUAAAAUUGGAAAUAAUCUCAACAAUCCUAGUACUAUACUAAUAUUCACUGACAAUUUUUUGUUUAAAAAAAAGAAGUGUUUAUUACAUUGAAAUGAAAAAAGUGCAACAAAACUUUUUUCUUCUUCUUCUUGGAAUCUUUUUCAACUUUGAAGUUAUGAUGCAUCUAUAACAUUACAUGGCUGACUUCAUAUGUUUGUGUUUUUCACCCUUUUUAGUAAACAGUAAAAUCAUCAACAUUAUUUUUAUUGUUCUUGAAACUAAUAGUGAAUUAUUGGUGUGUUUGUUAUUUUAAACAAAAACACAACUAUAAUCUAUUCUCUUAUUUGUGUGUAUGUAUGUCUAUGCAAUUGUGCUCAUACUCACAUGACUAUUUAAUUUAAUUACUUGUGCAAAAAUGAGUUGAAUUUAAAUAAAAUAAACAAUUAAAAUUACUCGUAGUAGUUUAUGAUUAUCCUACUUUUUCUUUUCAUAGUUGGCUAACUUUCGGUUUUUCGAUCAUUUAAAACUGAGUAAAGCAAUAAUGACACAAAUUAAUUAUGUAUAUUUCCCGUUGAUAUUAUUAUAAGUGGCUUGUAAUUCGUUAUCCCAAAUAUACAUAUAUAGCGAGAGAGAGAGAGAGAGAGAGAAAUAUGCAUAUUCAAUCUAAAUCUAAUUAUGUACAGAUACAAACUGAGUCAUAUAUGAUGUGUGUAUUUGUUUAAAAGAGCAUAAUGAUUUUUGAUUAUUGUCAUGAUGACUAUUAACUGUUUUACUCUUUCCAUUUCAAUAGAUUUUGUAACAUGUUAAUGAUAAUGAUGUGUGUAAUUGCUUAGACAAAUCAAUUAUUACAAUGUUGAUUGACAAUUAACAAUUUGUUUUAAAAUGUUCGUUCGAUUUAUUUAUUACUUUUAUAGAUAAUUUUUAUCUAUUUAUCUUUCAAAUAUUUAUUACUUUAUGAUGAAAUAAAAUAAGUAGUAUACUAUGAACUAGUUUUAUUUUACUAUAAUAUAUAAUUUAGUGGUAACAAUGUAACUUUUCCAACUCCAGAUAGAUGCAUUCAAGUGUAUUGUGUUCUUUGCUGAACUGAAUAAAUUAUAAUUGCGAG